CUGUGGUUUUGCCUCUUGGUGAAAAACAAACUAGAGAAUAUUGAAAUUGAAGUUAAUUAGAGAAUCGAGCAAACCAAAUCAACUAAGCAAUUGCUCUGACACUCUACCUUUCACAACACUGUUUGCAUUUAACUAAUUGUCCUUGAACUGAUCCCUUUUUUUUUUUUUUUUUUUUUGGUAUGACAACAGUAAAGCACAAAUAAAGUAAACAAUUACAGAAAAGGAAACUAAACUAGUCCGACAAUUGUUCACAAUACUGUCUACCUUCAAAAUGUUGCGUCUUUGUAGAAGUGAGCUAAGUCGUUGUACGUCUUGUAAUGUCCUAUGUGAAGGUGAAGCUGUAGUCGUAGUAUCCGUUAUUCUGAAGGCAAACACGUACUCUUUUGACCAUAAAGUGCAACACUUUAACUAGCAUAGUUAACGAGGCACUACCGCACUAUGUAGUCAAUGUUCGGUUACUCUCAUGACCAUCACAAAUACCAUCGGCUAUGAGAUUGGGGGUUCAAUCCCCACUAGAGGAUUUGAGAGUGAGAUCUCUUACCCUUCCCCCCUCUCUCUCAAAUUGUCUGACCCGCAAAUACCGAACAACAUAACCGUGAGGGUUGAGGUAUGGUCAGGGUCCUCCUCCUUACCUUUAAAAAAAACAAAAAAAAACAAUCCAAUACAAAGUUCCUUCUGUUUUUUGUGCGUGUAGGAGGUUGGGGAGGCUUCAAUUAAGGGAAAUUACUUGUGUUGAUUAACAACCGCAAGUCCAGAAUCCCACAGUUAAAAAGUAAAAGGUGAUUGAGAGACAAAAUCUAAGUAUUUCAUUAAACAAACGAAGAAUAUUCUUACAAGUUAAACUUCAAUGGAAGCAAGGAAUUGAAGUUGAUUCACUUUGCUUUAUUCCUGCAAUGCUAUAAAAGAGCAGUAACCAACAAACGCAACACACAAGCCAUUCUCAGUUUUGACAUUUCUUGACCAACCAAAAGUGUAUAACAACUUUUAUAGCCACCAUGGCAAACGCCCCGAAUCCAAUGACCCCCAAAGUAUCAGCUCAGUUACAACCUCAGCUGCAAAAACAAUCAUGGGAUGCUGAAAAAAGCAACAUGUUGUUGCCUUCUUAUAUAGGCACGUCCCUGCUGUCGAGGGGUAACGAACGAGGAGGCAUCUUCUUGACCUCUGAUGAUAAUGCCCUCUCCAAACAGAUUGAGCAGCUGCACCAACCUGAUGCUCGAAAUGUUAAUGUCAGACCUCUUUUCCAUCUAGUUGAGGAAAUCAUCCGCCAUGCUACUCAAAAUACUGAAAGGUCUUCAAUGGGUCAGAGGGAUGCCCAAGGAAGCAGACUUACCCUUGACGGUCUUCAAGAAGUUCCUGAUUUGCCACUCAUUAUUGAAAGGAUAUCCUCUGAGAUGACAUGUAAGUUACUGAGUGGAUAUGAUGCACACAAUACCACCCUCUCGGUGUUGAAUAUGCUGCCACACUUUUCUUGGGAAGCCAAGGUGGUGCUCACAUUAGCAGCAUUUGCUAUGACUUUUGGAGACUUCUGGCUUCUUGCCCAAAUUUAUUCUACAAAUGCCCUGGCAAAAUCGAUGGCACUUAUGAAGCAAUUGCCUAUGGUUGUGGAGCAUGCAGGCGCCUACAGGAACCAGUUUGAAGCCACUAAUAAUCUAAUAAAGGCCAUGCUUGAUACAACUAGGUGCAUUGUUGAGUUUGGAGAGUUACCCACUAUGUAUAUCACAGAUGAAGAUCCUGAAGUCAAGGCUGCAAUGAGGCAUUUCCCAAUAGCUAUUUAUUGGAUAAUCAGAAGUGCUGUGGCUGCUGCGACCCAAAUUACAACCAUGUCUAGCAAGGGAGUUGGAAAUAUGUCAGCCACAGCUGAAUCAUGGGAGCUCUCCAACUGGGCUCACAAACUUAAAACAAUCAAUGAUCAUCUCAGGAGCACCUUAGACAACUUGUACAUGCUUAUAGAGGAGAAGAAACAGAUUGACGCUUAUAAUAUGAUCAAGAAAAUCAUCUACCACACAAUUCAUGUUGACAACAUGAAAGUCCUGAAGACCUUGAUCUAUGCUGAUGAUGACAUAUCUCCACUUUAUGAUGGUCCUGCAAAGAGAAGGGUCCACCUUGAUAUGUUGAGGAGGAAAAAUGUGUUAUUACUCAUAUCAGGCCUUGAUAUCACUCAUGAAGAGCUCUUCAUUCUUGAGCAAAGCUACAAUGAAUCGAAGGUCCACGAAUAUGAGAUUGUCUGGAUCCCAGUCAUUGACCGUUCACUGCAAUGGACAGAUGCCAUGGAAGUAAAGCUUGAGACUCUAAAAGCCUCAAUGCCCUGGUAUUCUGUUCAUCAUCCUUCAAUAAUUGGAAAUGCAGUCAUCAAGUUUCUUAAAGAUGAUUGGCACUAUCAUGGUAAGCCUAUGCUUGUGGUGCUGGAUCCACAGGGAAAAGUUCUAAGCCCAAACGCAAUCCACAUGAUGUGGAUCUGGCAAAGCCAAGCUUUCCCAUUCACAAGCACAAGGGAAGAGGCUCUUUGGGAACAGGAAUCAUGGAGGCUUGAACUGCUUGUUGACGGCAUUGAUCAAAAAAUUCUAGACUGGAUCAGAGAAGAGAAGUACAUUUUCUUGUAUGGAGGAGAUGACCUACAAUGGAUCAGAAAGUUUACAAACGAAGCACAUACUGUAUCGCGAGCUCUGCGAGUUCCACUUGAAAUGGUCUAUGUUGGCAGGAGCCAUAACAAGGAACUGGUGCGUAAGGUUUGUGCAGCUAUAACAAUGGAACAACUGAGCCACUGUUGGCAAGACCCAACCUUUGUUUGGUAUUUUUGGACAAGAAUUGAGAGCAUGAUCUUCUCGAAGAUUCAAUUAGGGAGAGUCCACGACCAUGCAGAUAUCAUACUGCAAGAGAUACAAAGGCUCCACAGCCAUGACAAAUCUCAUGGUGGCUGGGCAGUCCUAGCCAAAGGCUCAAAAAUAGUGGUCCAUGGUCAGGGUAAGCUUGCUCUGACUGCUCUUCAAGAAAUGGAGAUAUGGAAGGAGCGUGCUAUAAGAGAGGGAUUCGAAGUGGGGUUUGAAAGUCAUUACAAAGAACUUCAUAUGAAGGAAUACCCAUGCCAUAGGAUUGAGUUCCCCUCCAGUGUGAGAAUUCCAAAAAGUAUGCUAUGCCCCGAGUGCCGUCGCCACAUGCAUAGGUUCAAUUCAUUCAUCUGCUGCCAUGAAGAUUACGAUCCUGAAGCUGAGAUUCCACCUGCAGUAGCGGCUGCUGCAACUACUGUUGCUCAAUAUGAGGGCUAAGUCACAAUGUUUCUGUGAUUUUCAUUUUGUCUUGCCUUUUUUCUUUCUUUUUUUUUUCUUUUUUUUCUUUUUUCAUAAAAGUAAUAUACUAGAAUAAAGACCACAGAGGUGAAGUGAUCCAUUUGCUACCUAUAUUAUGAUCCAUUCUCGUUGCAAAUGGCUUCAGUCUUGUAAUUCGCUUUCAUGUUAUCAGUGUACUCUCUCCAUAUACAAAGUAUCAAGUAAUUAUUUAAUGUUGAUGCAAAAUUAGUUAGAGAGACUAAAACUCUUUUAAUGUAUCCACUGAUUGAUCUCAGGUUUGCGCUUCCUUUUGUUCCUGCUAAAAGGUUGACACAUUUACGACCCUAAAUCAUUCUAAAAGGUAGAAAAGCACAAGGAAUGCCAUGAAAACUGUGGGUGGAGCUCACAUAUAAUGUCGAAGAUAGGAUAACAUAUGAAUAAUUGAAUAGAGUUGCCAACUGGUUUAGGUUACACCCGUCUUUACAUGCAACUGCUGAUUCUGAACUCACACACUCAGUUGGUGGAAGAAAAAUCAGCAGAGUUUGUUGGAUAAUAUUCCCAGUAAGGUGAUUUGGUUCAAGUUCACUCUAGCAGCAGCAGAUGCAGGGCAAUAAAUCACAGCAAGUUAAGCUCAAGAAAAUUGGUGAUCAAAUGACCUUGUCCACCUCAGCAAGAAGUUUUUAGAUAAUUUGAUAUGACAAUGCAAUUCUGUAAGAAAGUUUUUAGGAUGUAAAAAGCUUAGCUCCUUUCAAAAAUACGUAAAUUGUGAGAAAUGAGAAUUCAUAAUAUUUUCCUCAAAUUUUGAGUUUGUAAGAGUUUCUCUCACUAUCUUAAAAUCAAUAAAAAUUCU